AUGUGGAAGAUCCCUACAAUAUUUCAGGUUCUGGUAUUUUUUGCUUGCCGGCGCCACAGUAUGCUCGUUAUUUUACUGGAUUUAUAUAUCGGUAGUGCCGAGCAGGCGUUUCUCAUUUGUGAGACAUUUUUCACGACAAUGAAAUUGCGAGGAAUAACAAUCAGUAUAUUAAGGCAAUUGAAUUUCGUCGGCAAGUACCUUACUGGCAUUGAAGGCUACAAAAUGGUCGAUUCGCAGUCAUUACGGCGAUUCGUUUUCCAUUUUCUCCGACAGGACGGCGUAUUCCUGUUACGAAUGGUGGCAACUCAUGCCGGUGAACUACCGUGUUACGAACUCGCAAAAACGUUGUGGAACAACUACUGUGAUAACAAAGAGGGCAAGAUGCAUGACGUCUAA